UAUAAUAAAACCCAAUCUCCUCAUCUUACUCCUCGAUCGAUCAAUCGAAGUCUUCUUCACCGCAUCAGCAUCUUUCUCCAAGUUCUGAGAUUCCCUUCCACCCACCACUCCGGCGGACCGGCUCCGGCCAACGAUUCUCUUCUUCUACAGGAGAUGAUUUAGUAUAACCUGACAAAAAGCAAACAGCAUGACAGAGAACAAAGAGGAAGGAGAUUUAAGUUUCUCGGCACUUGUUGUGUUUGGACAAUUAUACCACCCGGAGGUAGAAAACCCCAGGAAGUUCUUUAAGUUCACCAUGGCUGAUAUAUCGAAAGAUUUGCUGCAUAUUGAUGCGCUAGAGCCAGUUGACGUGGAACUUUUCAGUGAUGGUGCGGGAGAAGAUGACACUGUGCUCAUCUAUUCCGGAGCCUGUCGUAUUGGAAGUUGCUUAUACUUCGUGGGAGGUCUACGGCGCCAUGCUGCAAAAGAUGUAGGCGUGAUAGGUUAUGAUGAUGACGGUUCAAAUGCUAUUUGGUGCAUUGAUACUGCUGCUGCCACUGCAUCAGGUAGUCUUUGCUCUAAAACCAUCGCAUGCCCACCCACUGUUGAUCCCUAUCCCCUAGGAUAUUUGAUGCCAUUGGUAGUCCCCUAUGAUGGCAAGAUACUUAUCUUUUGUGAUAAGUGCCAAAGGUGUGCGCUCAAGAUUUAUGAUCCGCUUUUGAAUCAGUUCUCGGCUCGAACAAUCCCUGUAGAAUCAUUGCACGAGUAUGAGGUAUUUGACUCUUAUUUUCUGUGGAAUGACCCCAGGAAGCCUCUUCGUGAGAAGCCUUUGAUUAUGUUGUGCUCGAAUAGUUUAUUAAGUCGCACAGUUCAUCUUCGUGCGUUUAAUUAUGAGUUGAACCAGUGGGAGACCUAUGACCACAACUUCCCUGUCACCUCUGAAAAGCUGGAAACUUGGACAUUUAAGCACCUCAUUCCUUUGGAAUAUGGCAGCUCAAGUCUUCUUCUAAUUAUUCUCCAGGCAGGUAUUUGGUCCCUUUACGAUUUGUUUUCCAAAAGCAUGGUGAUGGAAGAAUUGAAUGUGGCAGGCUUGCCACUCGACAGAGAAGUGCCACAUGCUUUCGCCCAGCAGUGCUAUGAUGGGAGCACAGUCGUACAUAUAUUCUUGGAUGGUGAGCGAGAUGAAUGGCCUGGUAAAUUGCAGUAUAUUGCGUAUGCAAAGGUCAGUCUCCAAUCCGAAGGGGACAAGUUUUCUGCCACGCUCCUGUCACAAUGUUCUAUUGAGACUGGUUUCUAUGUUCAGAGUUAUAUGUGAGUACAUUCAUUUCUAUCUAUCUCUGAUCAAAUUGAUUAGUGUAUUUAUCCUGUGAUGUAUUUUUUACGUGUUGCGGUAUGUGUUAUGUGUAUUGAUGUGAGAGUAAGUUAACGACCUGGUCUUCAAUUUAUUAUAAACUUGCAUCCUUGACUGGGCUGAAGAGUUGCUUAAUUUUUUAGUUGUAAUCUUUGGUUAUUUCUUUUCAAUUGCUGAGGACAGGUUUGUGGAGGACUCGUUUAAGAGUGCCGCAAAGGACAAGGAGACAACAGAGAUGGAGAAUGCCAAGGAGGAGGAGUAGGGGUGGACUCGGGCCGGGCGGCCCGCCCCGGAACCGGCUCGCCCCGCUCACUGUUUGAACCGGCCCGAACCGCCGGCCCGGCCAGGGACCGGUCCGGAUAGGCCCGACCCGCUGGGGUGCCUGGCCGGGCUCGGGCCCUUGAAAAGGUGAACCGGCCCGGCCGGUUUGGGGCCUCGGGCCCGGUCCGGGCCUAUUUAUUUUUCUUUUUUUUUUGAAUUUUUUGCAAGUUUUUGGAUUGAGCUGGGUAUUUUGGGCCAUUUGAGGUGGUUUGGGGGUGAGGGGGAGGGUUGGGGGUUAAUUAGGAAAAGCCAAAAAAAAAAUUAAGUUGAACCGAGGCUCGACCCGGUCCGAACCGGACCCGGGGGUUACCCGGGCCGGUUCCGGGCCUCCCCUUUCAUGAACCGAGGCCCGGGCCCGGGCCCGAACCGGCCCGAGUCCACCCCUAAGGAGGAGGAGGAGGAGAAGAAGAAAAAGAAGAAGAAUAAGAAGAAGAUGCUCACUAAAUGAGGAAUUGAUUCUUUUGCCCCCAACACAUCUUUGUAAAAGUCUGCUGUUUCAACCGUCAAACUUUAUUAUCCAUUAUCAGUUUUAUCACUGUCUGUUGUUUGUCUAAGAUGCAUCUCUCUGCUACUAUGGGAGAUACUCCGUAAUUUUUAUUUAUUUAUCUGAGUAUGUGUUAGAUGUUUGAAUAUACCGCAUUUUGGAGUUUAUUUUAUUAUUCAUCUAAUUUUUUUCUGGCUUACAAAAAG